AUGCCGUCCGCUUCACCUCUUUCUCCUACAUUCUUCGGGCACAUUGCCUCCACGCAUGACGCCCUUCUAUUGUUCGAAGCUUGCCUCAACGGAACCCUCAACCAUGUCCCCCGUCGCCCUCACGAUCGUGAACGUCCAAGUCUGAUUAAGAGCGGUAAUGUGUUCAUAUACGAGGAACACUCAUCCGGAAUCAAGCGGUGGACCGACGGUGUGCCCUGGAGCCCUAGUCGUAUUCUGGGGAACUUCCUUGUUUACCGGGAACUCGAACGUCCCUUUCCCCCGGGCGAGAAGAAACGAGCCAUGAAGCGUGACCGAAGGUCUCCUGUCUUGAGCAAAUCCCAAGAGCUACAUGGAGGGUGUACCAACACCGACACUGACAGUGGUUAUGCCACCGGCUAUGCCAGUCGUCCUCUUGACACCACUACCUCCACCUCUACUAUGGACUUAUCGUCGUCGAGUGCCCUAGAUAGGGAUACUGAGCGAGCUUUGAUAGGCUCCCUUGUGGACUCCUACGGCUUUAAAGAGGAUGGUCUUGUUAAAAAGACCGUAAGUGUGGUAGUUGGGGGGGUGUCCCACCAUUUAGUUUCAUACUACACCGUUGCCGAUGUUAUGAGCAAUAGAUUUACCACCCCCGCCAAAGACCCUAGGUUCCAACACAUCACCCCUCGUCACGACCUCGUUGCCAAACAGAACUUCCGGACGCCAAUCAAUGAGGUGGAUCCUAUGGAUCGAAUGGAAGGUCGAGCUCUCUGCAAUACCUAUACUCAUCUCCGCAAUGGCUACGAGAUGACGAACCAAAGCAUAUCCAGCCGAGAUAUGCAGCUACCUAUUCCACCUAUUUCAUAUGGGGCCUCCAGCCUGUAUGGUAGUUAUGGUCUUGGUGCCAAUGCCGUUACUUAUGACGGCCUCCCAACAAUCCCGGCAGGCAACACCUAUGAUGGGCAAUUUAUUCCCGUGUCCGGGAUAUAUUCAGCGCCUAAAACUGAUAGCUAUGGUCUCAAUAGCUACAAACAACCACGGUACGAUCCAAUGGUCAAUAUUGGCUCUGACUCGGGCCGCAGCCAAGUUUCAAGUUUCAACACAAACAGCCUGCGCAGGGCAUCAAUCUUUGAUGAGACCAACUCAGUCGAUUCUGGCCUCUCGGUCGCAUCCUCGUCUUCGUUGCCUUCAAAAUUUAGCAGCGAUUCUAGCUAUGCUUCUCAAGGCUUGUACGGGAACUUCCGGGAUAGCAACCAGUCGUCUCAUAAUGACGCACUCCAAAAGUCACUACCCAAUCCCAUUCCACCUGUCUUUUAUGAUCGACCAAUGAGCAGCUAUACUGCAGUGGACAGUUCAAGUUUGAAGGACAGCAUGUGGCAAAUAGGUAACGCAAGCCUCGGCCAUGGGCACUACCUUGGGCCACAGCAGCAAUGGGCCAGCACAGGGACUUCAUGA